GUCACAGUUUUUCGUUUCCAAAUAAUCGAUUUCUGGCUUUCGUGGUGCGAAGUGAAAAUUGUGUGUGCGGUGCAAAUUAUCGUGAAAAUUGCCUACAAUCGGUGUGAUAUCGGUGCUCUCAUGUAGAUUAAAGUAUCCCUAAGAGGAAGGUGCUUAAUUUUGCUAUUGUUUCAUAUCGACCUCGAAGAAAUCGCUCCAAUGAUUCUUGAAAAAAAAUUGAACUGAAGCAUUUAUGUUCUGUCACAAUGGUGAAGAUCUUCCUUUCUAAAAUGCACAUUUAAAGAUCAAAUUUAAGCCGAAUGGAAGGCACACAUCCCCACAUUUACUCACCAUCCAUGCUGAGCGCGGAUGAUGGCGGUUAUGAUCACGAGGACGGCGACGGACAGGAUACACCUCAGCAUUCCCCAGACUCGGAGGGCGUCGUGCCGGUGCUCCGUUGUCCUUCGGCAGCCGACGGACCACGCAACGAGUCAAACCGUAUCUCGACGGACUCCGCAUCGACGUACGAAAUUGUGGACUGCCAUUCGCCCGAAUCGACCGACGAGAUGUGGAGCAACGUGGUGAAGAUUACGCGGGAUAACAGCGCGAUGAUCAGCGCGUUAGUUGACGGUGCUGUUGGUGGAGGGGGUGGUCAGCCGGAUGAGGAGUACGAAAUACAGGACGGUGGCGGUGAGUCCCAUCGUGGGAAGUACGAGUUGGCCCGAUCGGCGUCGACGAAGGAGGAAAAGCAACGCCAGAAUCAGGAGAUUUUGGUAAUGAAGUCCAAUUCGGUGUCGUCGGAGAACAAUUCGUGGGAAACGUUUUCCCCUUCGAAACCGGUGACGGAUGAACCUGUCGAGGUUCCUGCUAUGCUGCAAAGUAAACCGGGAACUUCGAAGGCGUGCUUCAUAGAUGCUUCUUCACUGUUCGACGAGGAUGAGGUUCCUUAUCCAUCGUUUGUUGAUGCCAACAUGCAGCGACAACAACAGGAAAAGACUUCGAUUUCGCUGUCGGCCAUUCUGAGUGACGAUGAAAAGUUAAAGAGCACUAAUGGACAGCUAUUGUCGAGCGAGGUCAAAGAUCAGUAUUCGUCCAUGCCUAAUAGCGACUUCCUGGCAACAAAGUUGAACAUAACGGAAAAGGAAAUUGACACCAGCGAAGAAGCGACGGCCAGGCAAGAGUCGGAACGGAAGCAGGGUACGUUUCUGUUCCAAAAUUCAAUUCAACAGUAUUCGGGUCAUGUGAUCGAUCCAAGCGUUCAGUUUCCGGACGAAAACUUUAGUGACAUGUCUCUGCCGAGUGUCUACUCGUCUAGUAGCGAACCGAAUUACGAGUACAGUUCGUUCCCGUUGGAAAAUCCACCUAGAUUUAUAACAACCGGCGGUAUCAACACCAGCGGAUACAACUCCGGAUCGGCCGAUUAUUCAGCUCGCCUGUCUAACCAUACGGAAAAUGAAUCGGCCCACUAUCCGGACACUCCGUUCAACUCGAUUGUACACGUGAAUUCCGCCGCUCACAUUCCGAUCGCCCAUCGGUUUCUGCCGGGGGACAGUCGCGAGAGUUCCGUUGAUCGCGAGUCUCACUCGACGCCCAUCAAGAUUCCCAAGCGGGUGCAGAAACACGACGAAUCAGCUCCGAUCGUAUCCGGCGGUGCGUCCAUUGAGGACUUUACUCCAAAGCAGUGUGAAAGUCCUGUGGUGCGUCGACGAACGGACACCUGCCCGAUUGUUUCCGGAGGGAUGAGCUUCGAGGAAGACUUCAAGCCGGAGGAGCGCAGCCGGAAGCACAGCAGCUCGUCAAAGUCGUGGGUUGUCGAGUUAAAGAACUGCCCAGAUGACGAAAAGUCCGCAGCGAUGUCUUCCAUUGAGCACAACAGAAGUGGGCUUGGAUUCUUUGUGGAUUUGGGAAGCAUCAAAACUCCUGAAGAGCAGAAAUCAAUCGUGGUCAACAAUAGGGCGCAGAAUCGUACCCACCAGGAUUUGAUGAAAAAAUCUACUGGGUUCUACAUCGACCUAUCGGAUGGUGAAAGUUCGAGAAGUAAUACUCCUAAGCUUACGAAACCAAGCACGCCUCCUGUAAAGAACAUUUCCAGCGACUCGUCUAGAGCAGAAUCAGUCGAAAAGGACGCUAAGAAGAAUAUGUUCUCCAUGUUCAUUGACUUUGGAAAUGAAUCCGCUCCAAAACCUUCCUCAGUUCAUCGGAAAGCUACCGCACAAGUUGUUCAAAGCAAGGAAGAUGACGUAAACGCCACUCCUCAAACUGUUCCUACUCGUCCGGCUAAUCUGAACGCUGAUGAGAAGAAAAACUGUUACAUGUUCAUUGAGUCGGAAUCUUCGCCAAUAGUGAGAAGAAGUAACGUGUCCUCGGUUAGCAAGAAUGAGUCCAAACGGCACUCCUGGAACCCGAGCAGCACCGAAGGUACCUUCCACGAGCGUCGUAUUAUGAACCGAGAGUAUCAGCGGUCGACCAGUGUGACCAGCGAUAAAGGCAUCAUGAACAUCCUCGACAAGAUUCCCCUUCUCUCCAAAACAUCGAGCAUGUCGAUUGAUUCUUCCGUGUCGCCGUACGAAGACUUUACCUGUUCAAAGUCCGAACUAAGCACGUAUUCCAAUCAUUCUGCCUCUUCCAACUCGGCCCAAUCGAGCAACGAGUCCAAGGUCUCACCAAAGGAUGCUGCUGCUGCAGCGGUUGGUCCGGAUGGCAUGACUGCUUCCACCAGGAAGAAACGCCGUGACGUAAAGAUUAACGAGACAUUCGACAAGAGCAGCCAAGGAUCGGUAACAGAUGGAAUCCUGUCGUCGAACGAAGAUACAUCUCCGGUUUCAACCACAACGGACACUGACGAUGUUACAUUCCAGAACAAUCCAGCAGAUGAGCCAAACGAGCCGCUCCUGGUUGCCGAACCAGCCGUUCCUAGUCAGGAGGUUAAACUACCUUCAGCCAGCAACGGAAAGCAGAUGGAAACUAUUGUAGAAGCAGUUGAGAACUCCCCGAAGCACGUGCUGAACGGAUCCAGCCGUAAGUCACAGCACACGAUGGAAACGUUACACGCAACCAUCGAGAAGCAAAAGCAACUGCUGGAAACCGUAUCGGAAAACCAGGAAUCGCAAAGCUUGUCCUCGUUUGUGAAGCUGUCCGACAUGGACAAACCGCCGGCGCCGAGCAGCAAAUUCGAGCUGCACUCCUACACCGGAAGCGGCUCGGGCAGUUCGGUCGCACCCAUGUCUAGCUCGGCUGGGUCCAAUAGGGUGGCACGAUUGUUCGGUGAUAGUCACAAGUACAACACCAUCGGAUCAACGCAACAAACUCAGCAUCAGCAGCAGCAACAGCAACAACAUGGUUACUACGGCUCCAAUGGGACCACUUCGAUGGAACGACACUCGUGGAACAUGUCUCGAUCGACGGGGAACAAUUUCAUGAAUCUGGUUUCUUCCGUCGAGAACUCGCGAAGUCUCAGUCGUCUGUUUCCACACCUAUCUAAAGCUUUUAGCAACAGCUUACCAUCCGAUGUUGGCAUGAACUCGGUUAGUAAGGGUAGCGAACUACACGACCUCAUGACGUCGGACUUUUCCUGCACAUCCAGCAUCACUUCUAGCCGGUCUGGAGUUGAAUCAAUCGACGAGUCGUCAAUCUCCAGCCGUCAGCCGCGACGGCUGGGAGAGGACCUGCUGAAAAUGUUCCUGCAGGAAAUCGCCACGGACGUGGCCAUCGAGGCCGAAUCGAAGAAGAUGCGUGCGCACAAGUGCAUUCUGCGGUCCCGCUGUCAGUACUUUGCCGCUAUUCUAGCUGGUGGGUGGGUUCAGAACGCCGGGAAUGUUAUAAGCUUGCCCGGGUAUUCGUACGCGGCGGUCCACUUUGCACUGUGCCACAUCUACUCGGGGGCGUCACAUCCACCGGAGGGCAUCAGUUUGAUGGAGUUGGCGGCGCUGUCCGACCUGCUGGGACUCGAGGGCCUGAAGGAGGUGACGGCGUAUGCGUUGAAGACCAACUAUUGUCACAACUUCCACAAGCCUUGUUCCGGUUGUACGGAUGGUGUGCUGCAAGUGCUUCCGGUGACCUUGAACCACGGCUUGGACGAACUGUAUCGAAAAUGUUUGAAGUGGGUCUGCAGACACUACGUUAAGAUUUGGUCCAACAAGCAGUUUUCGCAGCUACCGCCGGAUGUCAUAAAUCGAUGCAAGCAGCAAAUUGUGGCUCAUCUGACUUCCGAAACGGUUCUCAACACUAUACUUGACAGUGAACAGCUACUUACGGUCUUGCAUCCGUACAAGUGGUCCGUUGAGGUCGAUAACGUGGUGCGGGAUAUUCUGGACGCCGCAUACGACUACAUACAGGACCACUUUGCGUCGUUGCUGGCUAGCGAUAGCUUCCUCUCGCUGGGGCACAAUUACAGCUGGGCCAUAUCUCACGUGGAGCCGAUUUUGCUCCGGGCUGCGACCAGUUUGAGCCCGGAUCAAGCGUGCAAGAGUUAUCCUCGAGCGACCAGGCUUCACAAGCUACUGCAGGCUAAGGUGUUGACAAUGACCGCAACGCCGCUGUCAUCGAGUGAUAACUUGAACAUAAUGAAUAUCUACGAGAAAAAGACCAAGCUGGACAUUGAGUACAGUCGUGAGGAGGAAGAGAUGGACUGGUGCGAUGAGUUUGUUGGGAUGGUGAAUGCGAUUCUUUCGGCUGUAGAACAGUGUUUGAUCAGGCAAUGUGCCAGAGCCAUGCGCGUCAACUCCUGGCAGCGGAUGGACAUUGAGCUACGGAACAAGAUCCAAAAGCUGGCAUGUCUGAUGGAACCGACGGAGGAGCGCAAGUCCCGGUCGAGAUACUCUUAUUCCUCCCAGACGAGCUCAUCGUCGUCGAUUCACUCGAGAACAAACGAUUUGCGCCAGGUGAGGCUGGCCAUUCAAGCACACACGAAGCGAUCAUUUGAGAAUCAAAAUAACCAUAACUUUAACAACAAAACGCAGACGCAGCACACGCAAACGGUCGUCCACCACAAUGAUCUCAACAGUGCCCUCAAUACUCAUAAGGUGGUAAAAUUACAUGAAAAUAGCGAGCGAAGUAACAUUCGCAUGGAGCAACAAUACGUUGAAAAUGGUCGUCUCUCUAAGACGGCUUCCAAAACCCAAGUCGUAGAAAACAACAGGCCUAUGAAGGCCAACGUAAAAGUUGGAUUACUUAGUAAAAACAACUUGGGCAGUCACAAGCGCUCCCAAUCAGAAGACAUGGGCUCAAAGGUGGCCAAACCCGAACCGUUGAAUAAUCUCAAGACAAAGCUAAACAACGUCAAGCCACGAUACCUGGAACCGAAGAAACCCAAAAAUACGGGAAGCAACAUACAGGGGCAGAACAUUUCUUCUAGCGGCAGCUCCACCAGAACUUCUAGUCCUGCUACGAGUCGCAAGAAAGGUGUGCUAGCUAACACAGUUAAGCAUGGUCAUGAUUCCAACAUCUCGCUGGACAGUUUAUCCUCCCCAGCGAAGAAUGCGAAAAAUCUCAAAACUCGCCCAACUAUCAACGAGAUGGACGUCUCGAUUGACUCCCUGGCCGACUCUCUAAAAUCCAGCUCCAUCAAAACCACCAGCAACACAACUCUCUCCCAUGAAUCACUCAUUUAUCAGGAGUACUUCAAACUCAAGGACACGAAUCUCGAAAAGCCCCAAAACGCGUACUCCAAGUCGAAUCCAGUCAUCUAUAAGGACCGACCAAACGCACCAAAAUCAAUCGACUCUCUAGCGGCCAACAAGACUUCGUCGUCAGCGGUAACCAGAAACAAUCUCAAGCCCAGCGGCCCAAGCAGUUCCAAACUGGUCCCAGCCAAGCCGGUCUCCGCAAUCAACCGCACGGCAUCGACGGCAAGCGUUGGCUCGAACUCCUCGUCUUCUUUCAUCAAGAAGAGCUUCCUCUCGCAGCGCUCCCGAGAAAUUCUGGCCCGCAGAUCACACGAGACCAAGUCCAACUCAACGAACUCGAGCAACAAAUCGGCCGCCUCAUCGCCCAGUCUCAUUUCCAGAGACAAAUCGACCGCCAGCGACAUUACGAAGUCCGGCUCGUCGGCGUCACUGGCCAGCACCAAUUCCGGACCGCGGAAGGUGUUCAACACGACGCUUCAUCUGCGCAGGACGGCAAAACUGGAAGCUGCGCCAAAGCCCGUUGACGUUCCCAAACCGAUGCGACACAGCUCGAUUCCGGUCGCCGGUGGCGGCCACCAGAGUGCGUUGCGCAAGUCUUCUUCCGUUAACCGGUCCAACAGCAACAGCAGUAACCAUGGUGCGGGUCGUGCCGUGAAGAACACGGUUAUGAUCCCGGUUUCGGUGGUACCGGCUCCAAAUGUGCACGCUGUUCAGCACGGGGAUCAUGUCAUCACAACUUCGUCAUCGACGUCCUCUUCGGAUAACAGCAGUGCCGGGGGCAAACCUCCACGGGUGGAAUCGAAGCUGGAGCGCUCGAACACGUUCUGCAAGGAGACUUCCGAUAAUCCGGUGGUGUUGCAGAUCAUCGAGUAGAGUGGAAGGGAUUUACACAUUUGGAGGAGCGAGUGGCACAGCACAUGAAGUCUGAUUGAUCUAAACGGAAAAGGUGCUGCCGAAAAACUUACAUGCCGUUUACUUACAUCCGAAAAUAUUUAAGAAAGUGUAUGAAGAAAGGCAAAAAAUAACUACUUGAAAAGCUAUUCAUCAAUCAAAAUAGAAAUAAUAGUGAUAUAGAAUGUAGACUUAUCUGUGCACAGGAAAAAAAUUGGAAUAUUCCACUUCAUCACACUUGUCUAGUCAUUUAUGUACGUCAGAUAAAGAAAAAAAAACACUGUGUUUUGCAAUUCGAACGAAAGCAGAAAUAUGGUCGUUUAUUCCGGAAAAAAAACAUUGCCGGCUGGGAUUGACCACCUGAAACAACUGGUGCAGUAUUUAGAGAGGCAUUUAAAAACUGCACGAUAGAAACAGCACGAUGCGGACCGAAGUCAGCAGCUUGGACACUAAUCACAAAAUAAUAUUUAUACUAAGUAGAAAUAGAAGAAACAGUUUGCUGGUUAUUGCUUCUCCAAAUGCGGUGCUAUAUUCGAGAGGGAAUAAAUAUUUAACAAAAUCUGCAACCGCGCUUCUCAAUUUGGAUAUUUGUAAACUACUUUUGUUAACGGUUUUGCAUGAAACUUGACCAACAUAUAAACAUAAUACUUCGCCCGGAAACCCCACCUGCUAUAUACGAGCAGCAAAUUGUUCUACAUUUUUGUAAGUAGAAACUGUAACAUUAAAACGACAUGCGUACUAUUUUCGAGAUGUGUUGAGCUUGCUACAUUUUAAUCGUGUGUUAAUUAUAUAACAGUUGGUGUGAUUUUGACGAUUGUGUUUCUGAUGUGAUAACUCUUUAAACUAUUUUUUCACUGGUUUUGUCACUGGUGAAUAGGCAAAUGCUAUACGAUCUAUUUUUGGGUUUAAAAAUUAAAAACUGCGUGAUAAGAAACACAAAACUGCUUUUCAAAUCAUUCUUAUAAUAUGUUUGAUUAAAAAUAAAUAUUUGAUAUUAAUUUAUUUGAGUGAGUUUUGUUAGGUUGUAAUAAUUUGAACCGAGCAAUUCAUCUAUCGACAAAAGCAAAUACUUAACUACUUUUAGGUUUUUCCGUACGUCUGCACAUUCGGAAACUCUCAGAGAUACUUAUCCUAAAUAUUAUCUAUAAUUGCUUAUCUUGUAAAAUUAUACACAAAAAGCACAUUCCCUCCAAAUAUACACAUCCACUUGUUUUUCUUCUUUAUAGUUGUUUACUCAAGCAUAAUUUUAAAACAGCAAAAUACCACUAAAUAUAUAAAAAAAACACAAUAAUCAAACAGGCAAUUGUAAACAACAACAAAUUUCAAUCAACAAAAU